UCUGGAUUUGGCCUUCCUUAGCUUUGUUCAGUGUCACAACGCUGGGUUACCUUGCUUGUGGUUUAGUUUUUUAGGAUGGAUACCACGAUAAAGAAUGCCUGCCGGGCACCGGCACGGCCAUUCACCUCUUACACUCCUUGCGUACCAAUCAGGCUUCUACGUGCGCCAGCAAAAUGCGGGAGCAGCCUGGCUUUCAGCAGCGCUCUGAAGCCCUCUCCACAAUCAGAGCCUGCACAGGCCCCACGAGGUAUAUGCCAAUCAAUGGAUCCUCGAGGUGGGGGCAGGUCGGCAGCCGGAUUCCAAUUCAACGUGGCAUACGCGGCCAUCGUGGGCGUCUACGGCCUACUCUUCCUCUUGAAGAACCCGUACAUCUUCGCGGUGCUUUCAAUACUCACCAUCCUACCCCAAAACUCGGCAAUCACGUCGCUAAACAGCUUAAUCAUCAUGUUCUACGAGAGCGGGUUGUUCAUGAACUUCGCGGAGGCUGUGUACUGCGUGCGCCUCAUGACAUGGCUCUCCAUCGCCUGCACGCUUGUCUCGUUUGCCAUCUUCUCCUAGGGGGGAGGCUCUACGUGUGGGGCUGGGGCUAGCGGGAAACAGGCUUUGCCGGGCAGCGGGCCAGGUUGGGCUAGGGUUUUGCACGAGGGUAGCGGCUUUUGCACGAAGAGAAGCUCUAGAUGCAGGGAAUGUAUUGUAGCGUUGGCUGUUGUCUUAGAUGUACGAUCGCAGGCGGAGGUUGCAUCCUAGAACGGGAUACUGAUGAUGAUGUAUACUGGCUGGAUGAUGGACAGGGCUCCUGACGCACUUGCUCCACAGUGGGACCCGUUUUGCGACUGUCGUUGUAUCAUGAUCUCAUAAGCAUGGACUU